AAGCUCAAAUCCGGUUUGAAUAUCAGAACGUGAAAUACUUUUACACUGAAACAAACGGAUAACGUGCAUAUUUUCUAGAUAAAAGUAAGUUUUAAGAGGACAAGAUGACGCUUAAAAUGCCAUUGUGCACCAAGGAAGACCUCAGCGAGGCGGUCAAGCUGCAAAAGCGGGAGCAGUACGAGGACGAACGCAAGAAGCGCAUCUUCAAUGCCAGGCAGCGACUCUUUGGGCUCGAUUUGGAGACGUUGGACCGCCAGAUUUUGGAGAAAAAGAAGCGGAACAGUGAGCGGCUGGAAUGUGAUAAGCGCUAUGAGGAGCAGGAGCAGCUGCAGAAGCGCCUGAUCACGGCCAAAGAAAAGGAACUAGAAAAGGAGAAACGCAUUGUGGACUCGGAUCUCAACUAUUACCGUUGCCGUUAUCAGCGUCGGGAUCAGCGUCGCGAGUUCGAUCUCAACGAUCCAAACUUUCUGAAAAAAGCAAAGCCGGCACGCAUUGCCGACGACGACAUAUCGCUUGGCAUAUCGAGUGCACAAAUCUUCUGCGGUGAAGAUUUGCAUAGGAGCGAUCGCCAGGUAAGGCAGCGCGAGCAACAGCGCGCUUGGCUUGAUCAGCAGGUUAAGGAGCGCAAGCAGGCGGAGGAGGCACGCCGCACGGCCGACAAUGUGUACAUGGAGAGCGUACAGUGCCGUGACAAGCAUCUGGAGGAGAUGGCCAAAUCGGAUCACCGCAUGCGCCAGCAGAUCAUACACAAGGUGCGCCAGUUCAAUAUCAAUCUGGCCAAGCAGAAGCAGGAGAACCGUAUGCGCACCAAACGCGAGACAUAUGAGGACGACAUGGCCGAGAUCUACAAUAUGCUGUCCAGCGAUAUGCUGACCGAGAAUCCGGAUGUGGCUCAGUCGCGCAGCAACCCGAACAAAAAGAUCGCCUUCAUGUAUCGCGGCAUGACACCCGACGAGCUGCUAGACUUUCGCAAGGGCCAGGAGCAGCAGCUGACCGACACGCUUCAACGCAAAACCGAGGCUCAACUGAUGGACAAACAGUGGGAUCAGUAUGCCAUGAACAUGGAUCGUACCCUCAUGCUCAAGCAGAUCGAAAUGGAUCGCAAGCACAAGCAGCAGCUGGACGAUCUGGUGCGCGCCAAUGCCAAGCUCGCCACCGAACAGGAUCAACAGCGCAAGGAUGCCCUCGUCCAGCUCAGCAAUGCGGUCAGCGAUGAGUUCUACGAUCAGUUCAACAAGACCUCACGUUAGUUAGCUCAAAGCCAAUUCAUCUUCAGUUCACUCAGUUCAUCGUUUAACUGAGCUCUGUGUGGAAUUGUUUCAGCAGCCCUUGAGCUCGGCUGCCGGCGCAGUUCCACACACGAGGUCAGCAGUAAACGAAUUGCAGUCAAACCAAAAAAAAGUUAAUAAAGAUUAAAUUAAAAGUUGA